ACUCAAACAACAGGCCUAAAAAUUGCAAAUUAUGCAAUGACCAUAGACGGGAAUAUAAGUACCAACUGGGCACGAGGAAGGCGGUUGUAUGAGGGCGGGUCCCUGGAUGACAGCAACGUUGGCUCCGAAACAUCUUUGGAACAGUCGUUUGUGGUUCACAAAGACUCUCCAGGCCUAGAGAAUAAACUACAAGCACUUAUCGAGUCUCAAGAUAACAGCGAUCAACUUCACCAAGAACUCAAAGAGUUGGCAAUGGAGUGGUUUUGGAACGGAUAUUAUAAAGGAUUCUCCCACAACAAAGAGGCUACACAAUCUACUGAUUUGAAUAAAUAAGAAAUAUACAUAUAUCAACUCAACUAUGAAACCAAUCAGGUGGCAGCCCAUAAGUCUCUCAAGCCCAUGACAGACGUUAUGGUACCGGCCAAACCCACGUCACCUUCGGUGAAGUGCAAGUAGUCCAACGAGUUUAAAGCAAUAAACGUAUCCAACAAAUCCCAGAUCAACUUUCUCUUGGCUUUGAACAAUUUGGACUUGACAUCUUUGACAUCAAUCUUCUCGUCACUGUCGCUGGCUUUCAAUUUGAUGGUGUUAAUCUGGUACGAUCUCAAGGAAUUUAUCACUCCCGCCACAAGUCCCAACAACCAGAACCGUGAAGCCCAGGUACUGGCCUUCGACCAUCUCUUGCUAUCCACCAAUCCCAACAUCUUCACGAAGAUGAACCCGUCGAUUGUCAAAUAACCGGCGUAGCCCAAAUUUCUGAUGACGGUAGUCUGUUGCAAAACCGGGUCCAUCAACUUAUUGUCAAAAGCCUUGGACGCAGCUUCGAAAUGGUGCAAUGGUUUCAAGAACCGCAUUCCCUUUCUAAGAAACGUGACUUGGGCCUUCAAGGUCUUGAAUGUGUCAACCACCUGUUUGGAGUAUCCGGUUCUGUACAAGUAGUAGGAUAAGAAUCUAGAUAAAUAUGCCACCAAUCUAAAGGACUUUUCUCUUUUUGGGGUGGUGUCCAAGAACCGCAACAACUUGGCAUAGGUAGGGUGAUAUAUAAGGGCGUCAGCAACCAUUUUCUAUGAGGAUCUAUUGAGUAGUCCAAUCAAAACCAAUUAAUGUUAAAGGUUUAAAAACAGCUGAACGUGAAUUUCGAUGAUGGGAAACCAGCUCCUUUUUAAACGUCGUUUGCUUGUGAGUGCUACAGGAAACUUUGGGGUAAAAG